AUGAACAAUAAUAAUAACAAUAAUAUAAAUAAUAAUAUAAACUAUAUUGCACUAAUAAGGACAACUAAAGAAUAUUUUCAAAAUAAUAGUAAUAUAAAACUAAAUGAUAAUUGGUUAAAUAAUUGUUUAAAUUAUAUAAAUAAAAGCAAUGAAAAUUUUAUUAAAACAAAAUCACCCCAAGCAGUUGCUGAAAAGGUAUUCAAAUAUUAUUUGACAAGCGAUAUAAGGAAAACUACAUCAAAUCAUCCCAGUUUCACGGACGAUCAAGCUAAAACAAUUAAUGAUUUCGAAAAAAAACUACAUACACUAAAAGGUAUGUUUAUAUUGCAAAUAGAUGAAAUUAUAAAUAUUUCAGAGUCACAUGAAUACAGGGAUGACCCCGAUAAUUCAAAUAAUAGAACAUUACAACUAAAACUUUCCGAUGGCAAACAUAACUUUAUUGCAUUUGAACAUUAUUUUAUUAAACAAUUAAAUCCACAAUUAUCACCUGGUAUAAAAGUCGCUAUAAAAGAUUUUAAUAUUAGGAGAGGAAAAAUAGCUUUAGAGGAACAUAAUAUUGUAAUUUUAGGGGGACAUGCCAAACAUCUAGUAGAGAAGCAAAAUCAAGAAAUUAAAUCAAGAAAAGAUAGACUAUCAAAAAUAAUACCACAAGAUAAUAAUAAUAAUAAUAAUAAUAAUAAUAAUAAUAAUAAUAAUAAUAAUAAUAAUAAUAAUAAUACAGGAAAUACCAAUAAAUUCCCAUCCUUUAAACCCACUAGAAACAAUUUAACAGAUUCAAACAAUAACAAUACGAAUAAUAAUAAUAAUAAUAAUAUACCUAUACAGAAAAUAAAUACUGAUGGUUUCAUGAGUAGACUUACUGCACCAUCAAAUGCCAAUUCACUUUUUAAAAUAUCAUUCCCAACUAAACCAGGUAUAACUAAACAACCACCAUCAUCAACUUCAACAUCAUUACCCACACCACCCAUAACAUCAACCGCCUCAUCAACCAAAUCAAAUGCAUCAUCUGCCUCCACUUUAUCAUCACUAAAACCUACAAUUCCUUCGCCCAAACCAAAUAUAUCUCCCCUCGUACCCUCUCCAUCAUUAAUAGCUUCAAGAUCAAACAACCUUAAUGGAGUAAAUAUAGCGUCAUCAUCAAUAACAACAACAACCACUGCAACCAAUAAAAUAGAAGAAACAAAUUUUGGCGAUGACAGCGAUAUUAUCUUUUUAGAUAAAGAUGACUUUUUAAAUGAUGAAAAUUCAGAAGACUCAAUUAUUUAUUUAAGAGAAGUUUUAGAUAAUAUUUCAAAUUAUAAAAAAGGUGAUAAAAUUUUUAUUUAUGGAAUGUGCGAUAAUAUCAAAGUUCGUAUGAAAAAUGGAGUUUUUAAUAAUUCUGUGCGUAUAUCUGACGGAAGUGCAGAUUUACAAGUUUUGGUUUCACACAGAAUAUCAGUUGAAAUGUUUGGACAGGUUAGCGACUUUAAAAGAAGAAAUAAAGAAGAUCCAGAUUCAAUUUUAAUUUUAGCUUUUGAAGCAUCAACUAAACUCUGUGGAAUUUUAACAUUAGAAUAUAUCGACAAAGAACAAUUUGAAAUUAUCGACUAUAAACAACCUUUAGAAAAAUUAUUAAUAUCAAAACUAAAAAAAGAUCUAUUGGAUUAUAUUUAG